ACUGCAACCAGUCUGAAGAAAAGCGUUCAGCUCCAAAAUAAGAGCCUGGAGUUAAAGUUUUCCUUCAGUUGUUCUGGUUAAGUUUCUAUUUCUGACAAACCAAACAGAAACUAAAUUCCAGCCUCUCCCUGCUUUGUUAAAUUGGUGUUUUCUCCUGCUGAGCCUCAUUCAAUCAGACUCUGACUUCCUGCAGUCAAACGUGUUUACGUGUCUCUGAGCUCAGGUUGAGAGACUGAGAUCAGACAUUUCAGGAUUGCCUCUGAUAGAAACACUGGAAAGCUUCAAAAUCAAGACAUUUUCAACGUGAUUUAGUCAGGAAACAGCUGGAACAUGAGCAGCUCUACAGAGACUUCAGAGUCCAGGCUGAAUGUGCUGCAGUGCCAUUUCACCUGGGACCUCCAACCCUCCACGUUCAAACUAACCUGCCUCCGGGACGCAAUGGAAGACAUGAGCAACGAGGAGGGAAACUUCUGGCUAGGUCACACAUACAACCUGCUGGGCUAUAUCCAGUACAAGCUGGGCUUCUCUGAAGAUACCCUGAACUUCUUCAACCGGGCCACUGAGACCUUCCAGAGGCAGAAAAACGCUGAUGAAGGGCCCUGGUUGAUGGUGAACUUUGGGAAUCUGGCCUGGCUACACCAUCACCUGGGAGAAGAUGAGAGGAGUGAAGACUACCUGUCAAAGGUCGACGAUCUGAUGAGGGAAUACCCAGCUCCACCUGGGUUAGAGCGCCACCCAGAGGUCUGUGCAGAGAAGGCCUGGACCCUGAUGAAGUUUGAUAAAGAGACGAAGCUGGAGGCUGAAGAGCUCUUCCAGGGAGCCAUCCGGAUGCAGCCGGACUCGGUGGAGUGGCAGAGCAGCUACGCCAAACUAUCAGCAGAGUUCCUCAUAAAAAGCCAGCGCGUCUUAGGGCCUGAAGUCUUUGAGAGACUGAGAUCAGCCAAAGAACGAGAUCCAGGUAACUUAUAUGUUGCUGCUCUUUAUCUGGAGUCACGUGCUGCAAAUGGAGAACAAGUCCAGGAUGAAGCAAGAGCUUUGGCUGAAGAGGUUCUAGAGAGGCCGAUGAACAGCUCCUGUGGUUUUGUUCCAUUACUGCGUCUGUACAGAGAGCACAUCUCUAGAGAUGAAGCUGUUGAAAUAACUAAGAAGGCCAUGAGAAAACAUCCUAACUCACGAUAUACCAAAAAAUGUGCUGCUAUCUGCCACAUGAGGAAGAUCCUUAAUCCAGGCAGGGAAUCCAAUCCUGAUGACCGCAUGAUCAACCAAGGCAUCAGUCUGUGGGAGGAAAUGAUUGCAGCUUACAAUGACUCUUCUCCUAAACAACAAGUAACUCUAGCACAGUUAUAUUCAAAGGUAGACACCGAGAGAGCUGAGCAGAUUUACAGAGAGCAGCUGCUGAGAGAAGAUCUGGAUCCAGCGAAAAAACAGAUGCUUUACAGCCGCUACGCAAAACAUUUAUAUUUCAUUAGAAAUGAGAGGCGCGAGUCAACUGUUUACCACAUGAGGGCAGCAGAGAUCCAGGUAGAAUCUAAGUAUCGACAGAGCAGCAUUAGAGAGCUGCAGAAGACCCUCGAAAAAAACAGAGACCCUGAACUGAAUGGGGAAAUAAGGAAUCUUCUGACCAACCUGAGAAUUCAGAAUCAGUGAAUGUUAAAGACCUGAAGCUGGAGAUCAUAUAAAAUCUGUAUGAUGUUCCAGAUGUGAACACAGUCACUUCAAAUGAUUUGUAUCUCUGUAUAAUCCAAUAAAACGACGAAUAAUAAUAUGCUUCGUCACAUUGUUUUACCUUCUUUGAAUAUCUGCA